CGGGGGCCCCCAUGGAGGGGCCCCCCAGCAGCUGCAGCACGGGGGCCCCCGGGGGGCCCCCCGGGGGCCCCGGGGGCCCUCAGGGGCCCCCCGAAGAAGUGGAAGGAGACAACGCAAUCUGCUCUUUGACUAUUAAUGCAACUUUUGCAGAAUUUGCUCAUUUUGUUUUGGCUGGAGAUGCUCGGGGCCAAACUUAUAUAUGGCAAGUGCCAAGUACGAAGUUGCUGCUGUCGCUGCCGCCGCCGGAGGUGCCGCAGCAGCAGCGGCAGCAGCAGCUGCUGCAGCGGGAGGCGCUGCACGGCUGCUGCGGCUGCUGCAGCAGCUUCGCCAGCAGCAGCGACGAGGCCUUCGCAGCAGCAGCGCAGCAGCUGCUGUCCCCCACGGCGGCCGAGCGGGGCCCCGCCGCGGCCCAGCAGCAGCAGCAGCAGCAGCAGCAGCAGCAGCAGCAGCAGAUCACCGCGGUGGGGACCGUCAACGAGGUGCAAGUGCCGCAGGAAGACUACGGAGACAACCCCUCGAGAAGCAAGGAGCUGCAGCAGCAGCAGCAGCAGCAGCAGCAGCAGCAGCAAAAUGAAAACCCGGAGACACAAGACUUGCUGGGGCCCCCCCCCUACUUGGAGAGGCCCUUCUGCAGGGAGGCCCCCCGGCUGGGUGCGGGGCCCCGCGGCCGCUGCAGGUCGCCCCCCGCGCAGCAGCAGCAGCAGCAGCAGCAGCAGCAGCAGCAGCAGCAGCAGCAGCGGGAGAGCGCGCUUUUUUCAGAAGAUGAGUCGGAAAGAGAACUUGAAGAAGCACAAAGAGAGAACUCAACAAACAGCAACGGGUCUUGUCUUUUGAAUUCCGGCGAGGAGUCGCUGCCGUACGUACAGCCGGCGCCCCACGAGCUGCUGCAGCACCUCCGCCAGCAGGCGCUGCAGCAGCAGCAGCAGCAGCAGCAGCAGCAGCACGAGCAGCAGGAGCAGCAGCAGGAGUCGGGCGAGGAGGAGGCGCGCAGCACGGCGGAGGAGGCCCCGCAGUCCGAGGCCCAGGACAAGGAGGGGGCCCUCCCCGAGGAGGGGACCCCCCCAGCAGCAGCAGCAGCAGCAGCAGCAGCAGCAGCAGCAGCAGGAGGCGAGGAAGGGGCCCCCGUGGGGGGCCCCCUGCCAGGACUUAGCAUGGAGCGUGUGGUUGGCUUUGAGUCGAUCCCGCUGUCUCCAGGGUCGGGGAGUUCGGAAGCAGCAUCGCAGCAGCAGCAGCAGCAGCAGCAGCAGCAGCAGGAGGGCUCCUCGGAGGCUUCGCGCGCAGCAGCAGCAGCAGCAGCAGCAGCAGCGCGGCGCUGCAACAGCAGCAGGUGCUGCGUGGCCCUGGGGAGGGCCCCCUGCGGGCGGCGCGCAGCAGCAGCGGGGGGGCCCCCAGGGGCCCGCAGGCCGGGGGCCCCCGGGGGGCCCCCCGCGAAGUACGUGGGGGCCCUUUUGCCCUUGGGGGCCCUUGACCAACUUUGGGUGGGAUAUGGAGAUGGCCUUUUGGCUGUUUAUUCCCUCAGCACUUACCAGCUGCUGCAGGCGGCGCAGCUGCCCGAGACUGACGUCACGCGGCUCGAGCACUCCAAGUACAGAGGUCAGCAGCAGCAGCAGCAGCAGCAGCAGCAGCAGCAGCAGCAGCAGCAGCAGCGGCGGCGGCGGGGGGGGAGCAGCAGCAGCGGCGGCGGGGCGGCGGCGGCCGCUCGCGCGCUACCUCGUCAUCGCCGUCAGCGCCAACAGAAUCCUUUCCAUGUGGUGCCCCAGGACCCUCCAGUGCAUUUUCGAGUGAGUCAAGUACCCGCAGCAGCAGCAGCAGCAGCAGCAGCAGCAGCAGCAACAGCAGCAUCUUGGGGGCCCCCAGCGGCUCGAGGGGCCCCGCAGCUAGGGGGCCCCCUGCAAGGCGCUGCUGCUGGUUGUGCUGGGAUGGACGCUGCUGCUGUCACGUGCUCUUCUCCGCUUUCGUUUCUCUAUGUGCUGGAGGCGCCAGAGGCGUGGGAGCUUCGCUCCACGAUCAUUCUUGCCCUGUGCAUUUGUCCGCGCCCAGCAGCAGCAGCGGGACGCCAGCAGCAGCAGCAGCAGCAGCAGCAGCAGCAGCAGCAGCGGCAGCGGCAGCAGCAGCAGCAGCAGCAGCAGUUGUUUGUGCGGACUCAGGGAUGCAUGGACGGCUCGAUUUGCGUGCGGCGGCUGGAGAGGGAUUUGGCUGACGGCGGCGUUUGCUGCCGGCUGGUGCGCAACUACAUAAGAGGUGAGGGGCCUGUUGCUGCUCCCCAGCAGCAGCAGCAGCAGCAGCAGCAGCAGCAGCAGCAGCAGCGGCAGCGGCAGCAGCAGCAGCAGCGGCUAUAG